CCACCGACGCACAAUCAGCACACGGGGACUUGACAGCUGUUGGCGAGGAGGAACCUGUAACCUGCACGACGCACAUCCCUUGUUCUUCGCUCUCACGCACUCCUGCACCAUGUCAUCCUCCGAGGAAGUGGAAUAUAAGGCCGGACAUCCUCCCGCAAUGAAAGUUGCUGGUGUCCGCCAUCCCCCAAGACGGAAGAGUGCAGAGGAGAGGCCUCGCAGGGACAGUGAUAAGGAUGUGGAGCAGAUUGUAGCAAGGAGCCCCCUGAAGCCUCCGACUACAGUUGCACCUGUGUUAGGGAACUUGGAAAAAGACUAUCCUAUAGCAGCUGUGAAACACACACAUGAAAAACCUGUGCCAACACACACUCCCCGUAAUACUGCAAAUGUUGCCCCAAUUAUCCAGCAGCCAAGGAAGUAGAAAGUAGUUUUAUAAUGGAGCUAUAUGCAUCCAAGCCAUCCUAGAUUAUUCUCCUCAUUUAAGGUGGUCUGAGUGCUGUAAACCUGUAUUCAGGGCUCAAAUGAUUAACUACAGGGAUUUUUUUUUUCUUUUUCUUAUUCAUGAUAUUGGGUAUAGAACAGUCUUGGGUAACUAGGUGAUACAAUAGUUUUGAUUUAAAUUUAUAUCUCCAAGUGUAAGAGAAAAUUCUCUCAUUCGCUCAAAUAAUCAGGAUAAUGUGAUAUAUUAGUAUCAGAUAGAGCUUAGAAAUGGAGAUUUUUUUUGUGUGACUGAAAAUUGUUAGGUGCUGUAAGAAAUAUGGGUUAUCAUAAUAAAAAGUGAUGUACUUAUAAAUGUGGUGGUAUAAUGUGACUACAAGUACAAACAGUUGUGGGUUUGUGAUAUAUAGAACUUUUACAUAAAGAAAAAUUCAUGGGAUAAUGAAACUUUUCCACUUCUAGUUCUCGCUAUCAUUUGUUUUUUUCUUCUCUUUCCCAAGAGAAGGAAAAAAUGUCUUGAUUUUCAUAUUACAUUUUUAUUUAAUAAUUAUCAGCAGGAGGAACAACUUAUUCAAACAAGAAAGCAAGCCUGUCCCCUUUUAUCCAACAAGCACAAAUAAUAGAACUUGGUGUGGUGGAUCGAUUAAGAUGUGUUUUAAAACUGAUUGGGUUGUAUGUAAUUCAGGCAAGCUUUUAAGAAAGUCUUAUGUUGAUCCUUUUAAAUGCUGGCUUUAAAGAGCAUCUUCCUAACUUUUUUUUUUUUUCUCUGUUAAUUAUAUUAAAUAUAAAUUUUCAUCUGAUAUCAUUGAUCAUAAAACUUUUCAGUACAAUAGGUGAGAGGUGCAUGUUAAAAAUUUUACGUAAUUUCAGGUUCUAAAACGGUUAUAAAUUAUCCAGAGUUUAGCAUACUGCUGUGAUAUUAAUAGUACCCAAUAUCUUGAUUUUUUUUUUUGUGAUGUUAAAUGCCAGUCUGACUUGAAGGAGAUAGCAACAUCAGUAAAUAUUUUUAAAAACAGUGACCAAGCACUAGCAAAAAACAUUUUCUGAGACAUCCCUGUAUAAAGUAUUGCUUUUAUUCAUGUUCAUCAAAUUUAGGCAUUUGUAUUUUGUUCAUUUUGAAGAUAUCUAUAAUUUCUUAAUGGCAGUAAGUUUUGAGCUACUUUCAUAGGGAUAGGUAUGGUGAGGAUGUCAUUAUUAAGAGUUAACUGCUUUUUAAGAAACUAUAUCACCAGAGUACAAUGAAAGGGACCAGGUUCCAAGUACUGAGAAGCUACAUCAUGUGUGCUGAAAAUUACUUGCUGCCCAAAUACUUUGGUUGUUUGUAAAUCUGAAGGAACACACUCGUGUACCUGUGUAUGUGCAUUUCUGCAUAUGUAUGCAGUUGUUGUACACUCAUCAUACAUGAAGUGCAUAACUGAGAGGAACUAAUGUGUGUAAUAGUUAUAUAUUUUUGAACUGUUGUUUUCAAUUGUUUAUUGAAAUUUAUUUUUGUUGAACUACUAGGGAAGAAGGAAGUGUGUGGUAAUUAUACAUGCUGACAUGUACGAGGGAGUUUGUCGUGUUAAAAAAAAUUAUCAAAGUGUAGUAAAAAAAAAAAAAAAAAAAAAUCCUAAAAUUAUAGACAUCAAUUAUUGUAAGUAUUAGUAAGAACAAAGAAAAGUAGUGUGCAAUUUAACUAGUCUUGGCUUGUAUAUUAGCUAGUCAGCAAAAGAAAUUUGGUAGAAUUCCAAUUGGAAAAUGUAUACAUUCCAAUAGGGGACACAAUUGACACAUUUCUGGGAAUCAUGCCUUACAGUUGGUUAUAGUUUUUGGUUACAAGAUAAUUAUAUUAUCCCAAAAAAAUAUGAAAAGACAUUAACAAAAAAAAAAAAAAAAAAAAAAAAAGGUUUUGGGAAAUUUUAUUGGCUUCAAUUUUAUUUCAAUAGCAAAUAUUUGAUCUAUUAUUAAUUACACAAUUUAGGUGAAUGGAGAGAUGAAGAUUUCAUUGUUAUGAAUAUAUAUGGCUAAAUGUGACUGUUCCAUAGGUAAACAUUCAAAGGUAAAAUAUAAAAUAUUGGCAGUUUUAUAGAUUAAAUUGGUGAAAAUAUCAAGAACUUCAUCACUCCAUAAACUUCAUGUAGAAAUGAGAAAAGUUUCAUUGUAUUGGGGACUAUACAUUGUAAGAAAUAAAUGCAAAAAAUGGAA